GAGACCCGGGCGCGCGGGAGCUGGGCCUAGGUCGGGGGACCCUGGCGGUGGUGUCCUGGUGUGUGUCCCAGAGAAGCAGUACUGUAGGGAACAAUGCCACCACCAUCAGACAUUGUCAAAGUGGCCAUUGAGUGGCCGGGUGCUAAUGCACAGCUAUUGGAGAUUGACCAGAAACGGCCCCUGGCAUCCAUCAUCAAGGAGGUUUGUGAUGGGUGGUCGCUGCCCAACCCGGAGUAUUAUACCCUCCGCUAUGCAGAUGGCCCGCAGUUCUACAUUACUGAGCAGACUCGUAGUGACAUCAAGAAUGGGACCAUCCUCCAGCUGGCCAUCUCCCCGUCCCGGGCCGCACGCCAGCUGAUGGAGCGGACCCAGUCCUCCAGUAUGGACACCCGGCUAGAUGCCAUGAAGGAGCUCGCCAAGCUCUCUGCAGAUGUGACCUUCGCCACCGAGUUCAUCAACAUGGACGGCAUCGUGGUGCUGACCCGGCUGGUGGAGAGUGGCGCCAAGCUCUUGUCCCACUACAGCGAGAUGCUGGCAUUCACCCUGACCGCCUUCUUAGAACUCAUGGAUCAUGGAAUCGUCUCCUGGGACAUGGUUUCCAUCACUUUCAUCAAGCAGAUUGCGGGGUAUGUGAGCCAGCCCAUGGUGGAUGUGUCUAUCCUCCAGAGGUCUCUGGCCAUCCUGGAGAGCAUGGUCCUGAACAGCCAGAGUCUGUAUCAGAAGAUCGCUGAGGAGAUCACAGUGGGGCAACUCAUCUCCCACCUGCAGGUCUCCAACCAGGAAAUCCAGACCUAUGCUAUUGCACUGAUCAACGCACUUUUUCUGAAGGCACCUGAGGACAAGCGACAGGACAAGCACCUUAACCCACUAGACCUGCCUGUCACUGACAUGGCUAACGCCUUUGCACAGAAGCACCUUCGCUCCAUAAUCCUGAAUCAUGUCAUCCGUGGGAACCGCCCCAUCAAGACAGAGAUGGCUCAUCAGCUCUACGUCCUCCAGGUUCUGACCUUUAACCUGCUGGAGGAAAGGAUGAUGACCAAGAUGGACCCCAAUGACCAGGCACAAAGAGACAUCAUCUUUGAGCUGAGGAGGAUCGCAUUCGAUGCUGAGCCAGACCCCGGGAGUGGCACCGAGAAGCGUAAAGCCAUGUACACCAAGGACUACAAGAUGCUGGGGUUCACUAACCACAUCAACCCCGCCAUGGACUUCACCCAGACACCCCCAGGGAUGCUGGCACUUGACAACAUGCUGUACUUGGCCAAGUUCCAUCAGGACACUUACAUUCGGAUCGUCCUGGAAAAUAGCAGCCGGGAAGACAAGCACGAAUGCCCCUUUGGCCGCAGUGCCAUCGAGCUCACCAAGAUGUUGUGUGAGAUCCUGCAGGUCGGGGAGCUCCCCAAUGAAGGACGGAAUGAUUACCACCCCAUGUUCUUCACCCACGACCGGGCCUUCGAAGAGCUCUUCGGCAUCUGUAUCCAGCUGCUGAACAAGACCUGGAAGGAGAUGAGGGCCACGGCCGAGGACUUCAACAAGGUCAUGCAGGUGGUUCGAGAGCAGAUCACACGGGCUCUGCCCUCCAAACCCAACUCCCUGGACCAGUUCAAGAGCAAACUACGGAGCCUGAGCUACUCAGAGAUCCUGCGGCUGCGCCAGUCGGAGCGGAUGAGUCAGGACGACUUCCAAUCACCACCGAUUGUGGAACUGCGGGAGAAGAUUCAGCCUGAGAUCCUGGAGCUGAUCAAGCAGCAGCGCCUGAACCGGCUGUGUGAGGGUAGCAGCUUCCGGAAGAUUGGGAAUCGACGGAGGCAAGAAAGAUUCUGGUACUGCCGCUUGGCACUGAACCACAAGGUCCUACACUAUGGCGACCUGGACGACAACCCUCAAGGGGAGGUGACAUUUGAAUUGCUGCAGGAAAAAAUUCCUGUUGCAGACAUUAAAGCCAUCGUCACUGGCAAAGACUGUCCCCAUAUGAAAGAGAAGAGUGCCCUAAAACAGAACAAGGAGGUGCUGGAGCUGGCGUUCUCCAUUCUCUACGACCCUGACGAGACCUUGAACUUCAUAGCACCCAAUAAGUAUGAGUACUGCAUCUGGAUCGAUGGUCUCAGUGCCCUCCUGGGGAAGGACAUGUCCAGCGAGCUGACCAAGAGUGACCUAGAUACGCUGUUGAGCAUGGAGAUGAAGCUGCGGCUGCUGGACCUGGAGAAUGUCCAGAUCCCCGAAGCCCCACCGCCCAUUCCUAGGGAGCCCAGUAGCUACGACUUCGUGUACCACUACAGCUGAGCCCACGCAGCCAUGCCCGGGCUGGGCCCAGGGGGAACUCUCAGUCUGGUGCCUUGUCUUUCGCUUGUACAGAACCUGCAGUGACUGGGGGGGCCAUCCAGUGCUAGCUGGCCCACUGCGGCUCAUCUGGGGGCUUCCUUUCUGCUCCCCAUCCAGACUCCCAUGCACCUCUGGGAGUGGGGCCCAAAAGCCCAGUGUCAAGGCCAGGAAACUGCAGCUGCCUCUGGAUGUCACCAGAGCCCUCACCCCGCCUUGCGAGCCUGCCUUGCCAGUCCAGACUGGACCCAGGGACAGCUGCCUGUGAGGGGGCAGUGCUGGAGCCUCUGCCAGCCAGGAGAUGUUGGUGCCCGUCUCACAUCCAAGCAGGGCCUCAGUUUUUGUUUAGCUGAUGCCUUGCCUUUGCUUGUGUUCCCACGGAGGGCUCGCUCUUGCCCCUGAAGCUCAACACCCACCACCGUCAGGGUUCUGCCACUCACAGGUCUUUCCUGCCCACAA